GGAGAGAGACCGGGAGGGCCCUGGGUGGGGCAAAGGCUAGAUCAGGAAGCAGCUGAGCAGCCCUGGAAAUGCAGAACUUUCGGCCGCCGGCCGCCGAGGACCCGGUUUGGGAGCUUUGACUCCAGGCCACUGGCCUCACAGAUGAAGACGGUCUCUGCUGGGACUAGCGCCCGGAGGCAGCGUGCCAGUCUGGCGGCUGAGGUCCAGCGGAGCACGGCAUGCCCAGCAUGCCUGUUGCUGCUGCUCUUGAUGGAACUGGUGCUGGAGAGCGCAGCAGAGAGCCCCUGGGCGCUGCCUGUGGUAGCUGAUCGCCCAGCUUCCUUUGCAAAGGUUGUGAUGGCAGAACUGGCCAACCUGAAGCCAGAAAACAAGUUAUGGCCUGGAGGGACGCACUCCCUCCACUACCACUACCUCACCCUGUCGGAGCCAGGCCCCAGCCUCCCCAGGUUUCUGGCUGUAGGCUACAUGGACAACCAGCCCUUCCUGCAGUAUGACAGUCGUGUGGGCAGGGCUGAGCCCCAGGCCCCAUGGAUGGCGUCCAUGGACACCCAGUACUGGGAGACGGAGACCCAGAAGUACAGGGCCUGGGCAGAGGUGCAGCAGGUGAACUUGUGGAACGUGAUGAGCUUCUACAACCAGAGUGACGGCAUACACAGUGCCCAGCGCAUGUUUGGCUGUGAUAUCCAGGACAACCUCUCCAGCAGCUUCUGGCAUUUUGGCUUUGAUGGGCAGGACCACGUGUCCCUGGACUUGGAGACUCUGAGCUGGGUGUCAGCUGAGCCUGUGGCCAUACAGACCAAACGUGUGUUAGAUUCAGAGCGCUGCUACGCUGAGUAUGACAAGGCCUACCUGGAAAGCCUCUGCCUCACUUCUCUGCGCAGGUAUCUGGAGCUGGGAAGCCAGAUCCUCACCCGGAGAGAGCCGCCCACAGUGCAGGUGACAAGGCACACAACCCAGGACAGGAGUGUCACACUGAGGUGCUGGGCCCUGGGCUUCUACCCGCAGGAUAUCUCCCUGAGCUGGUGGCUGGGAGAGCAGGAGCUAGCCCUGGAGAUUGAGUACGUGGAGACACGCCCCAGCGGGGACGGCACCUACCAGACAUGGGCUGCUGUACAGGUGCCAGCCGGGAAGGAGGCUGCGUACACUUGCCGCGUGCAGCAUUCUGGCCUGAAUGACGUGCUCACCGUGGCUUGGGAACCACCCUCUAGUCAAGGACUUAUUGCCAUGGUUACCUGCCCCCUCCUCUUCUUGCUGGUGGUGGGAGUUGUGAUCUUGACCAGGAGAUACCUUCAAGGCAAGAAUAAGGAAUCUUAUGAGCAAGCCCCAGGUGGAGAGGAACCCCUAUAAUUCUCAAAGCCCAGUGAGAACAGCAGCUGCUCAGCUGCUCUGCUGACAUAAGUUCACUGUCACAGACCAAGGACUUGUUCUGGGCGGUGUGUGGGGGCCUGGGAGCCCCCUGCACUGGCAGGCUGGCAGAUGUUAUCUGAACAUAUGGGGCCUACUCUGCCUCCCAAACUGAGCACUCCUCACCCUCAUUACCCUCCUUAAAAGUGGCCUGUGCCACUAAGAUGGCUUUGCCAUUUUCCUGAAGUCCUUUCAAAAAUGUGACUGUUUCCUGUUUGGGGAGAGGGGAGGGGGCAGUAAUAAUUCCUCAGAGCUUUCACAAUUGACAGUUUGUGGCACAACUUCAUGUGCAGUGUGACUCUCACUGAAGCCUCUCGGGCACCCUGCGAUACUCCCAACACAGGUGUGUGUGGUGUGGCUGCAGGUGAAUGUGGUGUGAGGGUGUCCUUGUAUAGCUGAGAAGGAGCUUACAGGGACAGGUGCUCAGGGCAAGCUGUGGGAGGGGAAACAACCCAGUCCCUAUUUUCCUUCCUGUCCUUUUCAAUGGUUUGUGUUUUUACAAUAAGUACAUGUGGUUUUGCCAUAACAUUCCCAUGUUACGAUGUAAGAUGUCUAAACAUAGAAGACUUCAUUCCACUCAUUAUUCCAUUUUCUCCUUACAUUUUAAAAGCUUCCCCCCCACCCCCAUAUCUAUCUUGGGAAUAAAACAGUGCAAGAGUGUUGUUUAAAAAGCUUGCAUUUUUUGAAUCUUUUAUACCACCCAGAAAAGAAGUUUAACUGUGAAUUGUUACCACAACACCUGAAUAAAGUUUUGCCUUCCAAAAUUA